AUGGUGGUCACCAGAUUUGGAAGCCACAAACAGCAGAAGAAACCUCAGACGUUCCAAGAUUACUCAACUCUUCUCAUUUUUAUUGCAGUCUUUCGGCAACAGGAAGUGGAUUUUGAGAACAUCACUUUCGGAUAUUCACCAUACUCUGACAUUGAAGAUGUCACUCCCUGCAACCAAGAAGAGACCAAGAUCUUUGACAAACGUUUUGUGCCAGCGUUUUACUCCAUCAUGUUCAUCCUUGGAUUGCUGGGAAAUAGUCUGGUCAUAGUGGUCAUGCUGGCUCAGCGUAAACAGAAAAUACAGAGCACGGAUAUGUUUAUUUUACACCUGGCUGUUGCUGACAUCUUGCUGGCUGUCACUCUCCCAUUCUGGGCAGUGCAGACAACUUCAGGUUGGAUUUUUGGUGAGGCCUCUUGUAAAAUUGUGGCAUCCGUUUUCAAAAUCAACUUCUACGCUGGUACCUUUCUCCUUGCCUGUAUCAGCUCUGAUCGCUAUUUCUCAAUAGUGUUUGCUGUCCAGAUCUACAAGAAGCACAGGCUACACCACGUACACUUGAGUUGUUUAGUUGUUUGGAUCACCUGCAUUCUACUUUGUAUUCCUGACGCCUAUUUUUAUUCUGUUAACUUUGAGGCCCGUACUAAUAUGACUGAGUGCGAGCCUUUUUUUCCUCAGUUUGCAUCGAAGAAGUGGAAAGUAGGCAUGUCAUUUUUAUAUCACAUCUGUGGCUUCUUGCUACCUUUUACUAGUAUGCUGUUUUGCUAUUCACAUAUUGUAAUUACGCUGCUUAAAUCCAAAGGGUUUAAGAAACAGAAAGCACUCCGCCUAAUUAUUGCUGUUGUGAUGGCCUUCUUCUUUUGCUGGGCACCAUAUAAUGUUGUGGCCUUCGUGGACACCCUGAAUAUGCUGGGUAGCUUUGAAGCUAACUGUAGCUUUCAAAAAAACAUUGACAUUGCAUUGUCCAUUACUUCCGGUCUCUGCUACUUUCACAGUUGCUUAAACCCAGUGCUCUAUGUUUUUAUUGGAGAAAAAUUCAGAAGUAACCUAGCCGAGCUACUGGUUCACACAAGAAUGUGUCCAUAUCUCGCGGCAAAAUUUGUCAGAAGGCGAACACCUUCAACAAGGUCUUCUACAUGGUCAGAUUCUGGGGAUACAUCUUUGUCUGGAAUUUAUUAGAGAAUGAAAGGGGAGACAAAAAGGACUGCUUAUGA